AGAGAUCUAAGUGAAUAGUAAUCACAGUGGAAUGAGAAUUCUUUAUGACACAUUAAAAAUAUGAAAUUAACUAAAGAAAAAAAUGAUUGUUAAUUCAUUUGAACAAUCAACUAUUCAUUCUCAUCGAUUCAUUUAAAACAACAUUGGGAAAUUGGGAAAUCACAAAGGAGAUUUGAUUUUAUCUUAAAUUGAUCUUAUAUUUUUGUAUUAUAUUCAUUAAUAAAUAUGAAUAAUAUACAACAAAUGAAUUCCAUGAAUACAUGGUCAACACAACAUCAUCAUCAUCAUUAUCGUAAUGCAUUAUUUAAACAACUUACUGAUAAUCUUCUAAAUUCAACAAAUGAUUUAGAUUCUAUGUCAAAUACAACUAUAAACGAUAAAAAUGGUGGUGUUUCACCUCAUUCUGAUAUUAAAUUAAACAUUCAGCAAGUGUUAAAUGAAGAAAAAUCUAUUCAGACAGGGACAGAACUCACAACAUGCGCGUCAACUUUUACCACUGGACGACCGUGUCUAGCUGGUACUCAAACACUGAAGCACCAGUUAACUAAAAAUCAGGAAACUAAUCUAGACAUGACAAAUACAAGCAUUCUUAGUAUGAACGCAUGUGACUUUACACAGGACUCUAGUGGACUAGGGUCUAUGAUUUCUGAACAUUGUAACACGAGCAAUAUUUCAGGUUAUUUCAAGGAUGGAGACCGGUCUGACUCACAUUUACACUGGCCUAAUCACAGUCUUAUAACUUUAGAUGAGGAUACAAGCGACAUGAGUUUGGAUAAGAGUGAUGAUUAUACAAACGGGCCAUGUGAUAAUAACAGAGAAGUUCCGAUCAUUAAAACAGAAUAUCCACAUCUUGAAUCUCAAAUAAAAUCUCCCGUGUUGGCUAUGCGAACUUCACCAUCUAGCGAAGGAAAAUCCGCCGUUCAAUAUGGUUCUGGUGAUGAAUUUGACUAUGACACAAUGGUUGCUCAAACACGAAUGAUCGCUAAUCGGGAUUUUCAGACAAUGGAUGAGAAUUUCGCAUCAGUGGCACGUUACGUUGAAGAGCUGACAGGCUGUAAAGAGUUGAAAAAAACAAAUAACACAAAGGAUAGCCAGAUUACAAAGAUUUCGUCCACUAGUAGACAAAUAACUCCAGGCAAACCACAGCAUCAUCAUUACCAGCACCAUUACAACCAACAGCAACAACAACAACAGUGUGUGACUCAGUCAAUGAGCUCAUCACCUGUCGGUUCUGUUCGCCAUCAACAAGAUUAUCAGCUUCUCAAGUUACAACAGCUGCAACAGCUCUACCAAAAACUUAUUUCUUUACCAUCAAUGAAGCAUCCCAAAGUUGAUGAUAAAAGUUCGACUGAAUUAAUAACUCAAGAUUUACUCUUACGUCUUUUGACAAAUCAGAACAUUAAUGAAUCGCUAUUGAGUAAUCUCUUACCAAGUGUUGACACGGUUUUUGAAAAGAAUAAUCGAAGAUCUUCAUCAACAAUUGGUCAGAAUUGUAAACAAUUUGGUAUUUCAACAAAUCAGUUGCCUAGAAAUAACCGAAGAGUUGCACUAAGUGAUUUAACUUCUUAUGAUGAAUGUCUGCUUCGUAGUAUCCUGUCUAAUACACCUCAUACAUCAAUGCAGAAUAAUUCGGAUGGAAUUCAUCCUAUUAAUAUGCAGGGGUUCCAGCACAAUAAUGAAAGUUUGAUCACUAAUUUCCACAAUAGACGACUUAAUCCACAACAGAAUCCGUUAUUAUCUUCAAAUUGUAACCAACUAGUUAAUCUAAUCUCACAGCUGGAUACUAAUGCUGUGAAAAAUGAUUUGCUUUCCCAAGCGGCACCUAUGAAUACAAAUACUAUGGCUUUAUUAGCCAGUUUAUUGAAUACUACCCAGUCUCAGUCGAAUUCACCUGUUAUUAACACUAGUUCUACGCCACAAGAACAACAUAAUAUGCUUUAUAGUCUUUUAGCAAACCAGUUGUCCAGUUUUCAGUCCGAUUCUGCUCUGAACAAUAAUAAUGCAAACAUCUCACAACUACUUCAUGAACGUGCAUCAAAAGAGCGUGAAACAAGCUUACUAAACUCUAUACUUAUGAAACCGGAAUGUCAUGGAGAUAAUAUUUCACCUUCUCCACCUUCAUCUUUGCAGCGUCGUCAAUACACAUUAUCUGAUAGUAGUUUGACAGAAGAACUUUCUCAGUUGGCUUUGCCUUAUCAAAAGCUCAUGAGUUCAUUCGAAAAUGACAUCGACAAAGCGGCAAAUGUUUAUAGAAAUUCUGCAAGUACAGUGGCUCAGACAAGUGAAGCAGCUUAUCACUGGUCAGGAAAACUGCCAAUUCGAGUCCACCGAUCUAUGACCUUCUCUCGCAAAGUAUUUCUUGGUGGCGUUCCUUGGGACAGCACAAGUGAUGAAUUGAUUAGGGCUUUCUCUCGAUUUGGUAACGUCAGUGUCUGUUGGCCACAAAAGGAGGGAUCAAGCUCUAGUAAUACACAUCUCAAAGCCUCAUCAACUAAAGGUUACUGUUAUCUGAUAUUCGAACAUGAAGUCUCUGUAACUGAACUGCUUGCGAACUGCGUUCAUAACCCUACAACAGGUGGCGAAUAUUAUACGAUAUCAAGUCCUAAAUUCAUAUCCAAGGACGUGCAGGUUAUACCAUGGGUCAUCAGUGACAGUCAGUACACAAAAUCAACUCCCAGCUCUUCGGAUAUCAAGAGGACUGUGUUUGUUGGAGCGCUUCACGCUUUGAUUACAGCAGAAAUAUUAGUAACAAUUAUGAACGACUUAUUUGGAAAUGUUAUUUUCGCUGCUUUGGAUACAGAUAAAUACAAAUAUCCAAUAGGUUCUGGGAGAGUGAUUUUCUCUAGUCAUAAAAGUUACAUGAAAGCGAUUACAGCCAAUUUUGUGGAUAUUCGUACUACGAAAUUUAUUAAAACUAUUCAAAUCGAUCCUUAUUUAGAAGAUGCUGUUUGUAAUAGUUGUCUCUCAUAUCCUGGCAUGUACUUUUGUAGAGCAUUUGAGUGCUUUAAUUAUUUUUGUCCAGCAUGUUGGCAUAUGUGGCAUAAUUCAACGGAAACAUUGUAUACACACAAACCUUUGAGGAGAACAUUUAAACCUAAUAUUGAUCGGCAGUGGCAAACUGGUGUGCUUAUAACGACGACCACGACCACGACCACGACGACGAUGACAGCGGCAGCGACAACAGUAUCAGCAACGACAAUAACAACAACAACACAAAGUAGAUUUUAGUGAAUAAAUCUCUAAUGUUACAAUAUGAUCAAUCCAACAUGAUCACCGUUAUUUAUUGUAAUCGUUUUGAAGUUUUCAUCAUCUAAUUCCGUCUUUAACAGUUUUUAUUAUGCAUACAUAAAUAAUUUAGCUCUGUAUUCUUUCUGUUGUUUAACCUCCCUUUCAUGGAAUCGGAUACACUUUAUACUACUGUUAUUCUUUACUCUCUUAUUAUGCACAAGUUUAAUAUUUUAAAAUGUUUUAGUAUGAUCGUAUAGAGAGAAAGUAAUAAUGAUAAUAACAAUUCAGUUCUACACAAUGUAUCACCACUUCAAUGAUUAGUGUAUGGUAGUAAUAAUAAUUAUAUAAUCCACUUCUAUAAUAUUCCACUUCUAGUCUUUAUCACUUUUAAUCAUAACCAUUUUUGUUUCGUCCAGUUUUUUCGCUCCUGGAAUUUUUAAUAAACACAAAACACAGACAGAUCAAUUCGAUCAUCUUCUAUUUUAAAACAAUAAUAUGAUUGUUGUAUUGAUGUAUGCCAAUUCUCAUCUAGUUACUAUUUGUCAUAUGAGAAAAGUUUGUUAAAUCAUCUUAUUGUUCGAUUUUGUCAAUAAAAUAACUUUUAAUGAAUUGG